AUGACGAUCACAAUUUCUUCACGUUUGAAGAAUGUCCUGAGGUCCGACAAAUGGCCUAGCCUUUAUAUGAUGUAACAGUUUGGAUUCUGAUCAGAUUGGUGAGGCAAAGACUUGCAAAAUGUGCUGACUCUGGAAUAGCUUGAUGAGCCUCAUGCUUAUAAAUUGUCUGCUCAUCAUCAUCCUAUUUUUUUUUUCCAACUGCAUUUCAUGGAUGUCAAUUUGAUUAUUGAUUUUCUCUGGUAUGCCCAAUCACUCCACUCGCGUGGAGAUGUAUUUGAGGCUAAUAUUAUCUGAGAGGCUCUUUAGAUUGAAAAUUUUGAUUCGCAUUGUACUAAUUGCAACAAUAAAUGUUAUUUAAGUUUGUUCAAUGCCACAAAUAUUUGGUUGCCUGUACGAGACAUUGGAAUUAGUUGACUUGCGUUUUGAUGAGUGUUUCUAUCAUCGUUUCUUUUAUGAAGAAGUGUACACUCCAUAUUGUCUGUGUCAUAUAAUAGUUUUAAAGUCUUACAACAGGUUUUAUCCAUCUCUUGUUUGACAGUUGCAGACUUAACAGGACCUGACAGCCCCAUUCCUCUUUCCCCGCAAUGGCUUCUGCCCAAGCCUGGGGAUAAUAGACCUGGAAUCAUCACUGUGGUAAACCUACAUCCUGGCAGAUUUGUUGGCAAUUUUCUAUUUAUUGCUCUGCUUCUAGCAGUCUUUCAAUUAAAGUCAGAAAUCAACUUUUUAUACUUAGUUUAUGUAUCUCUCCCACUCAUUGUAUGGAUAUAUAUACCAAGUUUCUGGCUCAUGUCAUGGAAUCUUGUAACCAGUAGCUACAGGAUGCAAUAAUUUUAAUGGACUGCGAAAUGUUUCCGUUGAUCCAACUGUGUGAGGAAAUCUGAACUCCUUCUCCCUCCCUACCAGUUAUACGGGAAAAAAUUGGUUUCCCGCAAGUAAGACUUGAUUUGAUGACAUCGAAAGAAGUACUAUUCUUUUGUAUAAAUAUUAACCAUAGUAAAUUCAUUACAAAAUACUAUUCAAAUUCGAAAUUUUACAAUUGAAAAUGUUUCAGAAGUUACUGUAUCCACAGUGCAUUUUUUUCAAAAUGUAUGAAGAAUCACAUUAGUAUCAUGCUUUUGUUAACUAUAAUAUCUAUUUGGUGAAAUCUGUACCUGCAGUUAUUUGAAACUCAAUGCCUGAGUUCGAGCUAUUAGAUGACAGAAAAUAUUGCUUUAACUUAUGCAUGUUUCAGGAAUCUCAUUUUAGCCCGUGUCAUGCAAAUCGCCCAGAUUCUGUAAAGGCUUUUGACAAUAGUGAGGAAUUUCCAGAUGCUGAAAAGCGCAUCAUCACACCGCGGUCAUCCUUUACAGAUGCUGAGGGUGGGCGCCAGAAUCGCUGGCGUGAUGAAGAAAGGGAGACGAACUCUGCUGUUCGCAGGGACCGGUGGAGGGAUGGGGAUAGGGACAAGGACCUGACUGAUACUCGUAGGGAACGUCGGAGUGAGAAUUCCUCUAGAUUUUCUGGGGAAGUACGACGAGCACCAUCCGAUCGUUGGAAUGAAUUGCCAAACAGGGAUAACAGUUUUGACCACAGACGAGAGAGCAAGUGGAAUAGCCGUUGGGGGCCUGAUGACAAGGAGUUGGAUGGUUGGAGGGAGAAGAAGAUGGAUUCCGGAAGGGACGUGGAAGGAUCUCGUGACAAUGGUAUACCCCCCCCUCAGGUUCAUUCCGUUAAGGAUGAGAAGGAUGGAGAGAAUUACUCACGUCCAUGGCGGCCAAACUCUUCUGUUGUUCGUGGAAGGGGAGAUUCUUCAUUCAGCCAGAGCAAACAAGGACAACCAUUCGGAUAUUGGAGGGCAAGAGGGGAAAAUGGCUCUUCAACUUUUUCUGCUGGUCGUGGAAAGUUCAACUCUGCCGUGGGUUCCACUAAUGCUUUUAGUUCCAACCUUAUGGGAGCUGUGCCAGAUAUACCAUUUGGUGAUUAUGGAGAUUCUUCUCUAAGGUAUACCAGGAUGAAGCUACUUGACAUAUACAGAAUGAUGGAUGUAAAAAGCUACAAAAAGCCGCUUGAUGGCUUUAUAGAGGUUCCUUCUCUUACCCAGAUGGAACUAUUGGAACCUUUGGCGAUAUCUAUCCCUUCCCCUGAAGAAUUGGUAAUUGGUUUUCCAACUUGUUUUAAACUUCCCCCGUUAGUUUUUCCCUGUCUGAUGCAUUGCUUUUGCAGGCUAUUUUAAAAAGCAUUGACAAGGGAGAAAUUGUCAGUAGCGGCAUCCCUCAGAUCACUAAAGAUGCUGCUGUUGGUCGCAACUUCGUUGACCCUACUCCAUUUAGACAUGGUAGAUCAGGUAGGCACGAACUAUGUGAUAUUUGCUGAUGGUGUAAUCAUUCUACUUAAUCAAUAGCAUCUUUUUUUUUUUCUGAGACAUCAUUUGCGUUUAAACAGGGAGUGGAGAAGGUUUGUCAUCUUCUGUUGAUGACUCUAAAAAUGAGAUCUUGGAUAGGUUCAAAGAUGACCAACAGGGUCUCCUUGAUGCUGUAUCAUUAAGAAGACAGAUGCAUCUCUAUGGACCUGAGGACUUGAGCCAGAAUCUUCGUCCACUUCAGGAUGGGACUCUGACUGUUAAAGGUAAGUCUUAUCGUGUAGAACUAACGUUGGGCUUUUUUCAUCAUUGUGUAAAAACUCUUAGAGAUCAUUGUUAUUAGGCUGUCACCAAGAAGAUGGUGGUUAUUUACCUUACAGUUGUGGCAACAAUUUUUGAUACCUGCGCAAAACGUGGUUUUACUUAAGAUUUCAAUGGAAAUAGUCAUUGACGUGCAUAUACUUUUUAUAUCAGGUUAACUUUAUGUCAGUAUAAGUUGUUUUUAAGUAGUUAGGAACAAAAUUGCGUAAAUCUUCACUAAAAUCACAACCAUCGAUACAAGGCCUAUCCAAAGCAACUUUAAACCAUAAUAACUUAUUGUCCUCCUGUAAUAACUUGUGCCAGAACAUCCUAUGAGUAUCUGUAAAUCAGUCCUUUUGUCUAGUGACCUUUCAAUGUGUACGUUUGUAGCACUUGUUAUCAUCGGGAGGUAGUUGAACUCAGUGCAUUCUUUGGUCGGGUCUCAAGUAAUGCUGAAGUCUCUGUAAGGAAUCAGGUUCCAUGUCUGAACAAAAGGAUCGUGUAAGCACUGUGUUAAACAAAUUAAAUUAUGUUUUCGUCGUUUCCAUUAUAAAAUUGCAAAUCUGUAACUUUGUAUGUCUUAGAGUUGAUCUGCUAAAACGCAAAGAUGUAGGCUAGUCGAGUGACGAGUGUCCAAUGAAUUUCAGAAGUCAACCAGCGGGAGGCUAACAGAGAACUGAGUGCACUGGAAGGAUCUUCAUCAAGUCGUCAUGCGAUUCCAUCAAGGAUAGAAUCAAUGGGAGAAAAUUAUGAAGGAUCAUCAAAACAUUGGACUGAUUUUUCUGCAGUGCAGAUGAGUACUGAGGCUGUUUCUUCAUCAUUCUAUGAUGGCAACAAAGUGCAUCUGCAGAAUGCUGAAGCAUUGCAGUCAGAAAUAAGCAGAGAUAUGCGAUUUAGGAGGCAGUCGUCUGAAAUGUUGGAUACAGAAAGGGAAACAGGCAAAUUGCUUCCUCACAGUGAUUCCUUAAUCUCUGGUGACAAAGGUAUUGGGAGAAGAUUUCAGCGGCAAUCCUCUCCAGAAGAGCUAAUUCUAUUUUAUAAAGAUCCACAAGGGCUCGUUCAGGGUCCAUUUUCGGGGACUGAUCUUAUCGGGUGGUUCGAAGCUGGAUAUUUUGGCCUGGACUUGCAAGUUCGUCCAGCCGGUGCUCCGGCUGAUGCUCCGUUUUCUUUACUUGGUGAUGUAAUUCCUCAGUUGCAGAUGAAAGCCAGGCCGCCUCCUGGAUUUGCUGCGCAUAAGCAGACUGAAAAUGUAGAUACAUUAGUUGGGGGUAAGUUGGUUGCUCAGGGGAAUAUUCAUGGAGGUCUGAGUGCACUGGAGUUCAACAGUGGACAAAGAAAUCCGUACGAGUCAUCAACUGAAGCAGAGAAUCGGUUUCUAGAGUCAUUGAUGUCUGGGAAUGUGACCGCUCAGGCAAAAUCUUUCCCGUUUUCUGAAGGUGAAUGGGAUUUUUUUCAGAUUUGUUGAUUUUUUUUCUUCGUUACAUGCAUAUCUAAUCAUAUUUUUCAUUUUUCUAGGUCUUAGAGGUUAUGCCAGCACCAGCUCGGGCACAUCCGUCGCGGGUGUAGAACCUGGGAAGGGCCUGAAUUAUCUGUUGGCACAGCGGCUGUCGCUAGAGCAACAACAAGCUUUGCCUAAUCAUCCUCCAUUUUGGUCAGGGAUGGAUCCUGCAUCUUUGGCCCCAAAGUCUGAGCUUGUUUUAGAUUCGUCCGCCCAGAGUUCGCAAAAUGUUCCUUCUUUGGCAGAGAUUCCAACUUCAGUCUCUCAGGCCCAGCACGUCGAUUUACUGUCUAUCCUGCAAGCUGCAGCAGAGAAGGCUCCACCUAGUACCAGUGUCCCUGCUUGGCCAAAUUUUCAUGAUCCCCGAUCUCUUAAAAAUACAGCUAACAGUGGUAUGGACAUUCUUAAAGAUAACAUAGACAUGCAUCCUAACCAGCACUUUUCUUCACCUGCUGGGUACAGUAUUCCAUCACGGAGACUGCAGCAGCCAAAUCAACCAUCCCUACCACAUAUGGUCCCUCAGCCUGGUGAUCAUACUCCUGGCUUCGUGCCUAAUGAGCAUGCCCUGGCCUCUGGGAUACCUCAAGAUCCAAAUUUUUUGAGCAUGUUGCAGCAACAAUAUAUGCUAUCCCAGCUUCAGCUUCAAUCUCAUAUGCCCAUCCCUACGCAGCUUUCACUUAUGGAUAAGUUUAUUUUGAUGAAGGAGCAUCAGAAACAGGAGCAACUAUUGAUGCAACAACAGCAUUUGCUUUCCCAGAUUUUGUCUGAACAGCGGUCUCAACAGCAUUUCAGUGAACCUCCUUACAGAUCCCUACAAGCUGCUGUUGGAAAUAAUCCGCCGGGUCACAUGGGUCUUCCACAACAGCUCGAGACAGCUCAGGUUAAUAGUCAGAUGCGGGCUCUGAAUCUACAAGAUGGACGUGGACACAAUCUUUCAAAUUUUUCCGUGCAGGUUUCACAAGAUCUUGGUGGCGUUGUUAGCUCGAAUUCAUCAUUACCGUCCACUGCUCCACAAACUUAUGACCAUACGGCCCAAGCAAAGGAACGGGCUAGUUUGCCUGAACGAAACGAUAAUGCUUCAAACUCUGACCCCGUUCCAUCAAUGUCAUCUGUAGACAGUUCUUUGGCUUCUGGGGUCCCUGAGAAAUCUUCUGAUGUUCUUGUUCAACCAGACAAUGCCCUAGAUUUGGAUGUCAUUUCGAGACAUGAAGAUCAUAAAGCUGUUGGAUUGGUUACAUCUGAAGCUAAGAGUAGUGCUGUAUCUUUCAGUGAAACUCCCGAUGCUUCUGAGCAUGCAUUCGCAUUGCAGCAAGACGAUGAAACAAAGAGCACGUCUGAAAGUAUCUCUGAGCAGCCUUCCAGUCAGUCCUUAUCAUCCAAAGUUGAUAAGCCCAUAGAAGGUUCCGUGGCUAAGAAAGCAAACGACAAGAAAUCAAAGAAGCAAAAGAAUGCAAAGAUACCAGUAACGUCAGUCCAGUCGAAGGGUUCAUCCAAAAUGGUUCAUUCACAGCUUUUAAAGCAGGAUGCUGAGAACGAAGCAAAUGUUUCAUGUGGAACAGUUUCUGAAACUCAGACAAAAGAGGGAGAAUCACUCUCCAGGACAUCUCCAUUGAUCUCAUCUGAACAACCGAGGGCAACUAAUGUAGAACCUCCGAGUUCUGAAGAGAUUAAUAGUUCAUCCACCAGAUAUGCUUCUGUCACUGAGGUGGAACCCUCUGUAGGCAAGACGGAAGUGAGAGAAGGUGAGUACGCUCAACAAUCUAAUGUGCAGAUGCCUGUGCAGCGAGCUUGGAAGCCUGCACCGGCUCCCAGGGCUAAAUCUCUCCUGGAAAUUCAGCUGGAGGAGCAGCAGAGGGCGCAGAUAGAAGUAUCCACCCCUGACAUUGUCACAUCUCCUGGUGCUCCUGCCACCGUUCUUACACCAGCCCGUUGGUCUGGAGUUGUUGCCAAUUCAGAAUCUAAAUCUGGCAAUGAUGCCAUCAGAGGUGGAGCUAACGCACAGCUCUUACCAGGAAGCUCUGGGAAUGGUAUGAAUUCGGCGCAGAGGAAGAGUCAGUUGCAUGAUUUGUUGGCAGAGGAGGUUAUGUCCAUGCCUACUGAGGAUGCUGUUGAUACCGCUGGUUCUGUUGGCUGGAGUACCAUUGUGCCCGCAUCAUCAGAGAUGAAAACCAGAACAGACAGCUCAAACGUGGACGAUGAUGAUUUUGUUGAGGCAAAGGACUCAAAGAAAAGCCGAAAAAAGGCAGCAAAAGCUAAGGGUGCUGGGGUUAAGAGCUCAGGACCAAUUGUCUCACCUGAUAUUACUCCUUCAGUCCCUGCAGGAAGAGCUAAGAUCGCUCGUCAGGCACAGCAAGAGAAAGAGGUCUCAUCUGUUCUACCAACCGGGCCGUCUUUAGGGGACUUUGUCUUUUGGAAAGGGGAUCAGGUCAGCGCUGCCCCUGCCCCUGCAUGGUCCACUGACUCUAUGAAAGCUCAGAAGCCUACGUCCUUGAGAGAUAUUCUCAAGGAGGAGGAAAAGAAGACGCCGUCUACCUUGAAGCAGAUCCCGAUAGCUGCUCCUGCCGCCAAGUUCCAGCAUAGCAGGAACGUCCCUGUGGGUAGCUCUUCCUGGCUGACUUCUGGAACAUCCCCUUCUAAGGCUUCAUCUCCUGGCAGUAGCAGGUCACUGGCUACUCUGACUAAAUCUAAGACAGAAGAUGAGUUGUUUUGGGGCCCUCUUGAUCAACCAAAGCAGGAAAACAAGCUGUAA